AUGCCCCCCCCUGCGCCCGGGGCCCGGCUCCGGCUCCUCGCCGCCGCCGCCCUGGCCGGCCUGGCCGUCAUCAGCCGAGGGUUGCUGUCCCAGAGCCUGGAGUUCAGCUCCCCCGCCGACAACUACACCGUGUGCGAGGGCGACAACGCCACCCUCAGCUGCUUCAUCGACGAGCAUGUGACCCGCGUGGCCUGGCUGAAUCGAUCCAACAUCCUGUACGCCGGCAACGACCGCUGGACCAGUGACCCGCGCGUGCGGCUGCUGGUCAACACGCCCGAGGAGUUCUCCAUCCUCAUCACGCAGGUGGUGCUGGGCGACGAGGGCCUCUACACCUGCUCCUUCCAGACGCGCCACCAGCCCUACACCACUCAGGUCUACCUCAUCGUGCAUGUCCCCGCCCGCAUCGUGAACAUCUCCUCGCCUGUGGCAGUGAACGAGGGGGGCAAUGUGAACCUGCUUUGUCUGGCCGUGGGGCGGCCGGAGCCCACGGUCACCUGGAGGCAGCUCCGAGACGGCUUCACCUCGGAGGGCGAGAUCCUUGAGAUUUCCGACAUCCAGCGAGGCCAGGCCGGCGAGUACGAGUGCGUGACCCACAACGGGGUGAACUCGGCGCCCGACAGCCGCCGCGUGCUGGUCACCGUCAACUACCCCCCGACCAUCACCGACGUGACCAGCGCCCGCACAGCCCUGGGCCGCGCCGCCCUCCUGCGCUGCGAAGCCAUGGCGGUGCCCCCCGCGGACUUCCAGUGGUUCAAGGACGACCGCCUGCUGAGUGGCGGCGCCUCGGAGGGGCUGAAGGUGCAGACGGAGCGCACCCGCUCGAUGCUUCUCUUCGCCAACGUGAGCGCCCGGCAUUACGGCAACUACACGUGUCGCGCCGCCAACCGGCUCGGAGCUUCCAGCGCCUCCAUGCGGCUCCUGCGCCCAGGAUCCCUGGAGAACUCUGCGCCCAGGCCCCCAGGGCCCCUGACCCUCCUCUUCGCCCUGGGGUGGCUGUGGUGGAGGGUGUAGGAGGAGCCCAGUGUUGCUGACCCCCCCCUGCAGGGGGCCUGAAGCCGAGAGCGAGAGCAGAAGGGGGGAGCGAGCGCCGUGGGUCUGCAGCGGAGAGGAGCUCUCGGCCAUCGUGGAAGAAGGGAGGAGGAGGAGCAGCGAGGAAGAUCUUUACAGAACCCAUCACUGUGAGGGAUAACGCAAAAUUAUGCAUCUUUCUACAGCCAUUCUCACCGCCGUUCACGUCCGAUUGUGACCCCCCCGGCCACCCCACACCCCUCUCUUAGCUCAGGCUGUCGACCAGAUCUCGUGUGUGCAGUGGGUGUGCGCGUGGCGCUGCGCGUGUGUGUGCGCGUGUGUGGGGAGGGGUGGUGGGGUGGAAAGGGGGGGCUCGACGAGCUUCCCUCCCCCGGCACCCCCACAUCCACUGCCCCCACUCUCAGCCUCUCACCUCUGGCUGGAGGUGGGUGUGGGGGUUUCGUGGUAGAAGCUGUGAAGAGAGGUUCUCCGGGGCUCCCUGCUUCCCCAGUAUAUGCACGCACACCUGCCCCUCCCCUCCCCUCGGAAGGGGUGUCUCCUGGGCAGGUGGGGCUGAGGGGGGUGCCUCACCCACCGCUGAGCUGGGUAGGUGGGGGACACCCGUCUGGGCUCUGGACAUCCUGCUGCCAACCACCAGCUGCCUGCAGCCAGAGGCCCCACGGCUGGCUCAGGAGCCCAAGACCCUCCCCCAACCCCCUCCCCGACUUUCUGGCCCCCUCCCGGGCCAAACGGUGCUUCCAUACAGCUGUCAGGCUGGUGCCUCGAGCCACCCGUCUGUCUCAGUGCUUUUGCCCUGCCCCAUCACCACUCCCGUGCCACCUGCAGCGCCAGCCAGCCGCCCGCAGUGCCGGCACUGGUCCACCCUCCCCGCUCUUUCCGCCGACCGCCCCUCCCAGAGGCUGACCGAGCCCUCACACACACUCAGAUAGACACGCACGCACGCACGCACGCACACCAGCGACUGUGACCAGCAAUAGCCCCCUGUCUCCAGCUGCCCUGUAGCCGGUGACCAGCUGUAGCUCCCCCAAAGGUGGCAACUGUGGUCCAAAAGGGGCUCCGAGAGGCUGCACCCCAGCUCUGAUAUGGUGGGAACAGCCCCCUCCGGCACGUCACACCAGGCAAAGCGGGGAGAGGCGUCAUCACAUAGACACCGAGCCCCGACCCCAGGCCGAGUCGCCCACCCGGACCAGACCAGCCAGGGCUGGGGGAGGCAGAGCCAGGCGAGGGCCAGGGGCAGUGACUGUACCUCAGACGGGGGCGUGGGCCCCAUCCCACAUUGUCUUCCAUUCCCAGGGUCCA